AUGGCCCAGAGUAAUGGCAAUGUGCCUAUAUCUUCCUUGCUAGAUUCAAAUUCCAACCAGGAGGACAACAAUAACAGUAUGUCGGGUUCUGUACCGUUACUGCAACCUCAAGGCAAACAACCUACGACCAAUUCUCAUCCAUCUAAAAACACAUCAUUGCUGAGUCUUGUAUCACGAUACCAAACCACAUUCAACUUUUCAAGCACCCCGACCCCUGAACCCGAGGAUGAUGAACUUAUUAUACUAGACAAAUUACCCACCCUUGCCAAAAAGAGUAAACCUCAAUCCAAGAAUGCAUCAAAUAAAUCCAGUCCUAAACCACAGACAGCGGCAACUACAUCUUCUUCACGACAGUCCUCAUCGUUGCCGGUACUCAUGCCUAAACCUUCCUCGGAUCAACAGUCUAAGAAUUUCAACUAUAGUGACCAAAUCAAGAAGUUCCAAACCAAUAUCCAAUUUGGCCCUGCUGCCAGUACUUCUACAGGAGGUGCAUUCCACAGCAAGACAUCGAUCAACUCAAUCAUCAACUUGGAUGACGAAUCAGACUCGCCCAAACCACAGACUCCUACACCCACACCGGCUGCUGCAACUGCUACAACGACCACUUCAGGCCCACCAAGAAAGAAACGUCCUCCUCCAAAGAAAGUAGCUUCUCCAAAAGCCGACUCGGUUUCAAAACCAAAGAAAAAGAGCCCAGAAUCAACCACUCUGCUGGCACUUGCUAAUGUCACCAGUGCUGCUCCCGCGCCAGUCAAGAAACCGUUGCAUGCAGGUAUGAUCACAGAACGAUCCCUGGUUAGUGCUGGUGCUGCCCCUGUUAAAUUGGGAGCUCCUUCAUUUGUCGAUUUGUUGAACUCGGAUCAUGAGUCGGAUAAGGUUGAAGAAAUACAGAAUGAGGUGAAGGAAGAGGAUAAGACCAAGCUGGAGGAUAAGACUAAACAGGAAGAUAAGUCUAAGGAGAAGGAGAAGGAAAAGCCAGAACCUCCUAUAAUCGCAUUAAAUAUCCCCUUACUUGACCCUAAGGACCCGAAACCAGGCAAAGCAGAAGUAGUAAUCAAUGUUUUACGAUUAGCUGAGGAGAAGUAUGGAUGGUCUGUUGUUCAUCCCAAGGCAAAAUCAGCCAUUGAUAUCAUGGACGACAUGAUGGAUGAAGACGACGAAGGAAUGGAUGAUGAUGACGAAGAAGAUGUGAUUGUCGAUGAAGAGAAACUGGCACAGCCACCACCACCACCACCACCUGCUGCUGCUGCUGCCAAAGAUAAGGAAUUGACAGAACAACAACUAGUUAGACAACAUGAAAUCAGAAUGAUUCGUAAAGUUGGUAAAUACGAUUAUGAAGAUCCAUUCAUAGAUGAUGAGGAGUUGCAAAUGGAAGAAGAAAUCACCACUACCAAAGAAGGAUUCUUUGUCUAUUGGGGGCCGUUAGUUGAUGACAGAAACAUUUCCAACAAAAAAGGCUCUUCGAAAAAGCGAUAA